AAGGCACCUUUAUACGUUUGUGGUAUAAAAUUCUAUAUUGAACUCACCAGUUCUAGUGCAGCUACAAAGAACAAACCUCGAGUUUCGCGAGGGGCCUCGACGGAGAGAAAGAGAAAGAGAGAGGGGCCCUUCGAAGCCCUUCGUUGAUUUGACGUUUCUACAAAGUCGAGGCGGAUCAGCUACGCGUCGUCGUUAAGAACGAUGGCGGGUUCGGCUCUCAGACGACUGAUGGCUGAGUACAAACAGCUAACCUUGAAUCCACCGGAGGGCAUCAUCGCCGGCCCGAUUAACGAGGAGAACUUCUUCGAAUGGGAGGCUCUCAUCACUGGACCAGAAGGAACAUGCUUUGAAGGUGGAGUGUUUCCAGCGAAAUUAAUAUUUCCACCGGAUUAUCCACUAAGUCCACCAAAGAUGCAAUUCACCUGUGAAAUGUUUCAUCCUAAUAGUAAGUUACUGCGCUAUUAAAAUUAUGAUGCUUAU